AUGAAUCCGCCGCCUCGAGGCGCCCAGCAGGCCCCUCUGCUGCACACGUGGGUACCACCUUCACCCCAAGAGCAGCAGUUGUACGACCGCCUCUUUACUCAAGUGGACGACCAGCGGCGCAAUGUGAUUGGCGGUCAGCAAGCCGUUGCGUUCUUUUCACGGUCGCAUCUGGACAAAACGGUUCUGCGGGAGAUAUGGAACGUGGCAGACGGUCGGCGACAGAGCGCAUUGUCGCGUCAGGAGUUUUAUGUAGCCAUGCGACUUAUCAGCAUGGCUCAGCAUGGCGAGCAAGUGUCUGUGCAGAGCUUUAACUGCUUUGCCAUGCGACCAUACCCUCUUCCUAUGAUUGAGGGAGUGUCGUUACCUCAAGGGGUACAUCCUGUACAAAAUGUGCAGCAACAACGGCAGUUGCCAACACAAGUGCCGGUCCAGGCUCAAGCUCAUGUGCAACAUUCGCCACGGAAUUUGGGGCCAAAGGGACACCCGCAGCAGCUGUUGAGCAGCGGAGCAGCAUUUGCACCUACUGCAGAUGAAAUGAGCAAGUAUCAGUUGGUGUUUCAGAAGUAUGAUACCGAUCACGACGGAUUUCUGAACGGCGCUGAAGCAGUGGCACUGUUUCAACUGUCUGGCCUCGAUCGCAAUGUGCUUCGCGAUAUCUGGACGAUGGCAGAUGUGACGCACGAUAGCAAGCUAAACAUUGAAGAGUUUUACGUAGCGAUGCACCUGAUCGUAUGCGUGAGCAAGCGUGGUUUACGAAUGCCUCCUAUGUUACCGCCUGAACUCGAACAGGCAGUGUUCGGGACGCUUAGCGCCAGUGCAACAAUGCCUGUCCAAUAUUCCAGCUUUCAGGGGACAGUAAGUGCAUCAAAAAGUGUGUUCAUGGAGCAGCAGCAAGAAAGUGUACCACUGUCGAAGCCUCAGGGGAUGUGUGCUUUUGACACAUUCUCCACCAACGAGGACGCACCUUUGCCAAGCUUGAUUGUGCCGCCAAGCCCAUGCGGAUCGCGUAAGGACGUUUCUAUUCAAGCUAGUGCCAACGGAAAAAACGUUCAGGCAGGCUUUGAUGGGCCUCUGGGUUCUUCUCCUAGUGGUGAUUUAUACGGAGGCUUACCCAUGCCGUCAGAACGGCAAGAGUGUAGCAGCUUUUCGACGACGCCGACCGUUAGUGUUAUUGCCAGGGACCGUACAAACUCGGCAUCAUCGAUGAAUUCGAUGUCUAGUUUUGGUGACUUCCCGUCGCUUCCUGCUCAGCAGUUCCCGCAGCCUUCUCUUCAUAAUAUCAGCGGCAACGAUCGUACUCUUAUGCAUGUCGGCAAUCCAGGUCAUCAGGCACAUCCCGAGCUUGCUGUCGGAGGAGGCUUUGGUGCGCCACGCAGUUUAUCGGAGAAAGCGUUUAUGGGUGACGAAGAGGAAAAAAGGCUGACAAGACGACUUGACCAGCAGAAUCGGGAUUUUGCUCAGAUUGUUGCUGAUAUGGAAAGCAAGCUAUCCGCUAUUGAAACAAUUUCUGCAGCAUUAGGCAGUCUCCAUGCGAUGCGCAAUGAGCUUGUGGAUCUUGCAAUUAAGCGGGAUGAGAUGCGUGCGGCAUCAACUUGCGCUCUUGCCUCGAACGGCGGUUCUGUAGGCGAAAAGAGUUGGCUCGCUGUAGUACAAAGUCUCGAAAACCUGGUUGACAAUCAGAAGCAGUUGGUUUGCCAGCUACAGAGUGAUAUUUCCAGAGGUGAAAGUGAACUGGAGGAGGCCAUGUUAAGCGCAGAGCUUCAGCAAAAGAUGUCACUAGGAUCUCAAUCACCGUUGAUUGCCGCAGCGUCGCCGCCGUUGACGACGCAGAUCACCUCAGGAGCUGCGGAUAGUGAGCCUACCACUUUUGCUAGUGCCGCUCUUGCUUUUGACGAGCCCAGUGGUGUGUCGCCUUCCGUGGUGGUGUCCAGUGCACCAUCCGUUUCUACGUCUUCACAUGGUAUGACCGACAGCAGUGGAUUCAAUGCGUUUAGCAAUUUUGAAUCCGCACCAUCCCCAGCAGCAGCAGUACCGGCUACGAUUCUGUCAGAGACAACUGGCCAUUCAUCUCCAUCUCAGAGCGCUAGUCGGGAUGGCACCUUUGAUGCGUUUGAUGAUUGUGCAGCUUUACCAUCUACCGGUAGUGCUCCACCGUUGCUGCUCGAUUUCGGCGGUGACUCGCCGUUCGAUUCUGCGUCCUUGCCUGUUGCGGUGAGCGAAAGCGCUGAGUUCGGCGAUUUUAAUGCGGCAGCAACACCCUCUGCUGGCGCUGAGAAUGUCUCGCCCUCUCCACUAGCAGUGGCCAAUGCACAUUUCGCCCCCUUCCAGCCGUCGCCAUCUCCUGCUGCAAUCGCGUUAACCGGUUUUGAUGAUUUUGGCGCUGCUCCCUCCUCGAUAACUACAACGGCAGUGGCAAAAGGUGCAAGCGACAGCCCCAUCUUCAGCUCUGAGCCGACUGCUUUUUUCGGUGCGAAUCCCACUACCCCCGCACAUGAUGCAUCAGUUGCAACAGAGGACCCUGUAUUCGGUGCUUUCCCUACUACACCUCUAUGCAAUACCGAUGCUACGACGUCCGCAAGCACAGCCAUUGGAACUCAGGACUUGAUAUUUGCUCCAGUUGCUGCAGACGAGAACAACACGGACAUGUUUGAUGAUUUCGGUGAUGUUGCAGCGUCCGUUGGUAACGCUGUGGAAGUUGCGGAGCCGGUGGCAUUCGAGCUACAACCACCGGAAAACUUGCUAUAUCCAUCGCCGCCUUCUUCUGUUGCUGCAACGCCAUUUAGCAACGUUUGUACCACCUUCCCGGCAGCGAAUGAAAGUGUUGAAUCAGCACCUACGUCGGAGGAGUCAACUGGCAACUCACCGUUCUCAUCGACUGUCUUGGACAGCAAUGGCUCGAAUGGACUUGUUGACUUUGACGGAUUUGGCGACUUCAAUACAGCUCCAGCUUCGAUCGACGACACUGCUCCACUUUCCGCGCCUGCAACGCCAGCAGAGCUGAUCUCCAGCAACUCUCUAUUCUCCCUCGGUAGCGAGACCAACAGCGGAGAAAACUGUGAAGACAUUGGCAUCGCCCCAGCCUCGAUCGAGGCUACCACGACACUAUUUGAGUCCAUGGAGUCGAAUGUUGUGAACGAGCAAUCACCAGUUUCAGCAGACAACAAGAAGCUUAGUGAUUUUGUCGACAUCAACUUGGCCCCCGUGGCAGCCGACAGCGCCAGCUCUCCACUAUCACCUGUCAAUGAUGGCUUCGAAGUGAUCGAUGACUUUAUUGCUGCUCCAAUACCCGCGACCAAUGAGAAAGCAAUGGAUGCAAGCGAUUGCAACUCGGAGGCGUGA